AUGGACGACAUCAAGGACAUUCUCAGCAUUCCCCGAGCCGACUCAACCAAAAAAUCAGAAAUAAUCAGUCGCGAAGUAAUCAACUUAACUGGCGGGAUUCCCCCAAUGAAGCCUUCACUCGCUAAAAAAGCUUUAAAAGCCAUCAAAGAAAAGAGAGUCGAGAAAACCUCCACGGAAAAGUGAAUCUACGCGCCAUUUAAAAACUCAGCUCGAGAAGAUGACUUGCAACUUUGUCAUUGGAAAAAGUCCACAGACAAAGAAGAAGAUUACGCCUUCAGCAAAUUUAACAAAAAAAUCGAACUUAUUGAUUUCACAGACGAAGAAUAUGACAGUUUAAAUGACAAAAGUGGCUGGUCUAAGGAAGAAACUCUUUAUUUGUGGAGCUUGUGCAGGGAAUACGAUUUGAGAUUUAUUAUAAUACAAGACAGAUAUAGCCUAGGAACCGAUAUUGAUCGUCCUGGGCUGGGUGAAUGCCUAGAAACUUCCCGAGUUGGUUCUCCAACUUAAGUUGACGAACCAAAUCGGGAGUUGACAUAUGCUUUAUAUCGGGUCUAUAUGCAAAUCCGAGUUGAAUCGUCAACUUGAGUUGGAGAACCAACUCGGGAAGUUUCUAGGAAUUCUUCCAGCCCAGGCUGAUCAAUAUCGGCUCCUGGGCUAUAUGAUGUCAGCCGAUUUUGCGAUAGGACAGUUGAAGACAUAAAAGAAAGGUACUAUUAUAUAUCCAAAGCAAUUCUUCAAAAAAGGGAAAUCGAAGAUCACCCAAUUAUUGGCUUACCCUACAAUGCAAAUUAUGAAAGAAAAAGAAAAGCUUUAUUGGAAAAAUAUUUUUUGCGAACAAAGGAGCAAGAUGAUGAAGAGAAAGCAUUGUGUGAAGAAGCAAGAAAACUAGAUAUUCGAAUUAAAAAAGAAGAAAAAGAAAUGAAAAACUACGAAAAAUUGAUGAGCUCAAACUCAGAAGAAAUCGACCUUCCUGAAUGAAGCACAGCGAAAAAAGAGCCUCCGAAAGCCCCUAUACUGAGAAGUUACUUUUUAACUCAGCCUACUUUGCCAUCUAGGCUGCAAAGAAAAAUUGAAACAAUUUUAAAGGUGAUCGGAAUACCUGAUAGGCCGAUGCCUACUCAAGAAGUCGUGGAGCUGUAUGAGAAACUGAAAAGAGAGUCAUUGAUUUUGUUGAAUCUGCAGAAGCAUGUGAUUAAAAAAGAAAUUGAAAAAAAAUCUUUGGAAGAUAAAAUAAGAGAAGUCAAAAAUUCAGCCAACAAAAAGUCAUCUGGAGGAUACUCAGCUAUAAAAAAUACCCAAGCUCCAGCUAUACUAAGCCAAAUUCCAAAGCUCCCAACCCAAGUGCCAAUUAGAAACCCUGUCGCAACUACAAAGCAAACCAUUCAGCCCAUGAACAAUUUGCAACAAACAGUCACAAGUAAAAGAGUGUCUGGAAAAGUGGUUAAAGCUCAAGAUUCCGAAGACAGCUUAGAUUCAGGACCUACAAAAAAGCAUAAAAAAACCUAA